AUGACGGUGCUAUCAGUCCCGGUUGCGCUGGCGUCGCUCAGCCUGGCCAUCAAACGAGUUCGUUCGCAACUGACCUGGAAGAACCUCGUCUUGCUGUAUAUUCUCUUUAAUCUCAAAUCAGCGCCCUUCUCGUGGCAUAUUCGCUUAUUCUACCAUUUAAUCAGAGGCAUUCGGCUGAAGAAGCACAUUUAUCCGGAUCCUCAAUCGAAGGAGCACACUAGACCAGACCAUGUUCACCCAAUCUUCGUACCAUCGAGCACAACGAGCAGGACCACAUUAUGGGAAACAGACUACAACAUCCACAAAUCCAACAGUACCUACUUCUCCGACCUCGACAUUGCUCGUACAGGCCUGGUGACGGGCCUAUAUAGCCCUGGCCUCGAGCUUGUCAAACGAGAGAUGAACAAGGAACUCGACGCCAACGGCAAGCAGUUGUACCCCGGCAGGAUUGCAGUCAUGCUGGGAUCCGUAUACUGCACGUUCAAGAAAGAAAUUAAAUCGUAUGAGAAAUACGAGAUGCGAACCAAGAUUGCGGGAUGGGAUGAGAAAUGGCUAUAUACGCUGACCUUCUUCUUGCGCUUCCCGAAGCGAAAGGGAGAGCAGAAAGUACUACUUGCUGUGGGAAUUAGCAAGUAUGUUGUGAAGAAGGGCAGGAAGACCGUUCGCCCCGAAAAUGUGUUACGGGCUAGUGGACUACUGCCUCCACGACCGGCUGGGGAGGAGCUUCCUUCACCUCCUACCGCCCUUGACACUCCUGCAAGCGGCGAAGCGAUUGACUCUGGUGAAUCCCUGGACGAGCCUCUCCUCCGUAAAGUACUGACUUUAACGGAGAGCUCUGAUAUCGACCAGGCCGUGUUGGAAAACAUGAAGAAAACUCGUGAGACAUCAGAGAAGGCGGGUGCUUGGGACUGGUAUAGGAUUGAAGAAGAGCGAGCUCGGGGUAUGGAGGUUGUUCGGUCGUUUGUUAAUAUUGACGCGAAGCUUCACGAGGAAGUCGACCUAUCCAAGUGA